CGUCGUAAAUCCAAUUUGAUAAAAAAGGCACGCGAAUAUAGUAGGUUGUAUAAAGCAGACGUCUACGUCGGGAUUCGCCUUCGGGAAACCGGCCAAGCCUCCUAUUAUCCGACCCCAUUUUUAAUUAUGGAUCAAGACCUAGAGAAGGCUGAAGAAGGUAUUAUAAGGAAACCAAGCGAGGCAAAUCUUCUAGCUUAA